GGAAAAAAGAAUUAGUUUGUGUUGUUAUCUAACUGUAAAAGAAGACAUACAUUGGCUUUCAUUGGAAACUUAUGGGUUCCAGUCUAGGAAAAUUUUCAACUAUCAUAAACGAAUCAGUUGACCAGACCCCACUUGUGGGAAUAUACUGGGUAUGCUGUUUUUGUUGUAGAGACGAAUCAGUCGAAGGCACAGUGGCUUCAGAUGGAGUUGAUACAUGUAUGGCAGAAGAGGAGGAAGAAAACAUUAGCAGAGGAGUGCCAAAAGGCAUUGAAGGUGAACUAGUUGCUGCUGGAUGGCCUAAUUGGCUUGUUGCAGUAGCUGGUGAGGCGAUAAAUGGAUGGCUUCCAAGAAGACUUGAUACUUAUGAGAGAAUAGAUAAGAUUGGCGAGGGAACUUACAGUAAUGUCUAUAAGGCUCGCGAUUGUUUGUUUAAUAAGAUUGUUGCCAUGAAGAAGGUUCGUUUUGACAAUCAUGAUCUGGAGAGUGUCAAGUUUAUGGCAAGAGAGAUCGUCAUAUUGCGAAGACUUGGUGAUCAUCCGAAUGUUAUCAAGCUGGAAGGUUUAGUCACGUUGAAAAUGUCCUGCAGUUUGUACCUUGUUUUUGAUUGCAUGGAAUAUGAUCUCAAGGGAAUUCAAGAACAAAAAGGUGUCAAGUUUUCUGUACCUGAGAUCAAACGUAACAUCAACCAGCUGCUUAAAGGGCUUGAUCACUGCCAUAGCCAUGGUAUCUUGCAUCGAGAUGUAACUACUUCUAACCUGUUAGUUAACAAAGAAGGUAUCCUGACGAUUGCAGAUUUUGGGCUGUCAACAUUUUUUGACCCAGAACAAAGCAUGCCCUUAACUAGCCAGAUGGUAACUCCCUGGUAUAGGCCACCAGAACUUUUGCUAGGAUUAAAUUCUUAUGGAGUUGCAGUUGAUUUAUGGAGCGCUGGUUGUGUACUUGGUGAACUAUUUACUGGCAAGCCUAUUAUGCCCGGUAAAACUGAAUUUCAGCAAUUGUAUAAAAUCUUCAAGCUCUGUGGUUCUCCAACUGAUGAUUUCUGGCAAAAUUCCAAAGUGCCUAACGCAUCGAUAUUUAAGCCACAAAAGCCUUAUAAACGACAAAUUCAGGAAACCUUUCAUGAUCUUCCUGCUGCUGCUGUAGUACUAAUGGACACUUUACUUUUCAUAGAACCUGAAUAUCGAGGAACUGCAGCUCUUGCUCUUCAUGGUGAGUUUUUCACAACAGAACUAUUUGCCUGUAAUGCCUCAAGUUUGCCACAGUGCUCCCCCAGCAAAGAGAUCAAUGCAAAAAUGCCAUUACCUACUGCAUCAGACAAAAUGCAGGAUUUACUCAAAGAGCAUGAUUCCACGAUCCUCAAAGCUAUUACACGUGCGAGGCUUGAGAAGGGAUCAACAGCUAAAGGGAACGACCAUGACUCCAAGGGAAAGAAUAAUCAUUCUUUAGGUCCAUCAACAUCAACUAACCAUGAGACUACUGGAAAUGACCAAAUGUCUACUCCUUUACCUGCCAAAUCAACCAAUAUGCAGGGCUUACCAAGAGAGCACAAGGCACAAAUCCGAAAAGAUGCUCAACCGGUGAUGUCUGACAAGGAAAAAAUGGCGGAAGGGGAAGGCUAUUAUAACUCCAACGUAGAGAAGAACCAACUUAUUGAACAAUUGUCGCCAGAAAGUGGAGAGUGUAAUAAGGCAGAAAGUAGUAUGUAAUUUUAAAUUUCCAGUUUCUUUUAGGAAACUAACUCUCGUUGGUCACUGUCCAGAUUGAUCAUCUCUGAAUAAUGUUAUACUUUAGGCAAAGGAAUGGAUGCUAGCAUUUUCGAAUGAUAAAUG